AUGGCUCAAGAACCAAGUAAAACAACUCCUAAUUAUAUUAAAUUUGCUUUUGGAGGGCUGUCAGGUAUGGCAGCCACAUUUUUUGUACAACCACUUGACUUAAUCAAAAAUCGAAUGCAAUUAAGUGGUAUGGAUGGAAAAGUAAAAGAAUACAAGACAAGUUUUCAUGCUUUUUCAAGUAUUUUAAAAAAUGAAGGAAUAAUAGCUAUGUAUUCAGGUCUUUCUGCUGGACUCCUCAGACAAGCCACUUAUACAACUACUAGACUUGGAGUGUAUACAUGGUUAUUUGAAAAUUACACUAGUAAAGAUGGAGUUCCCCCUGGAUUUUUGGUUAAAGCUGCCAUAGGAAUAGCUGCUGGUGCUUCUGGAGCAUUCAUUGGGACACCUGCUGAGGUUGCCCUUAUUCGAAUGACUGCAGAUGGCAGAUUACCCAUUGCGGAACGAAGAAACUAUAAAAAUGUUUUUGAUGCUUUAUUGAGAAUUGUAAAAGAAGAAGGAUUAUUUACGCUUUGGAGAGGAGCAGUACCUACAAUGGGUAGAGCAAUGGUUGUCAACGCAGCUCAGUUGGCAUCUUAUUCCCAAGCAAAACAAUACCUAAUAAGUACUACAUAUUUCAAAGAUGACAUAUUGUGUUACUUUAUGAGUAGUAUGAUAUCUGGAUUAGUUACUACCGCAGCAUCAAUGCCAGCUGAUAUAGCUAAAACUAGAAUACAAAACAUGAAAACAAUUAAUGGUAAACCGGAAUACACUGGAGCAGGUGAUGUUUUGAUCAAAGUAAUAAAAAAAGAAGGUAUUUUUGCUCUCUGGAAAGGUUUUACCCCGUAUUAUGCCCGAUUAGGUCCUCACACUGUUUUAACAUUUAUUUUUCUCGAACAAAUAAAUAAAUACUACAAGUUGUUUGUUCUGGGAGAGAAAAAUACUAAAGGAUCAAUUUAA